GCUUAAUUUUUAAAGGUUUUUUUUUUUUUUUUUAAAUAACUCAGAAUCCAAAAAAUUCAAAGUAAGUAAAAAAUAAUAAACUAAUUAUUUUCAACAUUUGUUAGACUCAAAGACGGCGUUACCUACAUAACUUUUUGCAUAGUUAGUUAUUGUCUCGAGGGUAUACUCCUUACCAGUUGGUGGCGAUAAUGCACCAUUUUGUCAAAAAAAAAAAAACGAAGCAGAGGAAGAGAAACGCCGCUGUUGUUUGAGGCGCGUGAACAUGGAUAACCCGCAGCAAUGUCGUUAUACUGGAGCUUCACAACAUCCACCUGUGCGCGCGCCGAGCCUGGCCCCGAGAUCAGACUUUGCCGCGGCACCUCCACCAGAGUCAUGGAGUGCUUACCACCAGCACCAGACUCAUCCGGUUCCACCCGGUCCCUGGCAAUCGUUUCCUCCGGCACCACAGCCGCCCCAGCACGGGUCUCCUCAUAUUUACCCUCAUCCUGCCUUCGACCCCAGCAGACCUCCUCCUGGGUAUCUCCAUCAAUCAACAACACCUACUACAAACUUAAAACCUGGACACGCUGAGGAUCGGUUUCAUCCCCCUGAGAACUAUCACAGAGGACAUUUUGAUCGGAGUACCAGCUUUUCAAACUCUAUUGCUUCACCUUCACCUCUAUACCAGCCUGGUUUCCAGUCUAACACCAGCACCAUCCUGCCUCACACCUACUCAGCAGACCAUCAUAACAAACUAAACCAUCCAUCGCACGCUCCUUCUGAUCACAAAAUCAGAGCCCAACCUGGCGAAGAUGCUUGGCAGCGAACCCAAGACGAACAAUGGAUCGACGCUUUCUUACGCAAAAGAAGUGGAGCAGCACCUCCUCCUCCCAAGCUCUCUCCUCCCAAUCAGUCCAUCUCUCAAUUCAGAGAGAAAUUAUACACGGCGGUUAAAAUGCUCUCCGAGCUCUCUGAGGUGUGCCAGACCUUAAAAAACAACCUCGAGAAUGAAAGCGUGUGGACGGACUCGUACGCGAGAGCGGCGGAGCUGAAGAGCAGCCUGGAAGAGAGUCUGAAGAUGCUGAAGGAUCCGGACAGAGUGGACGUGGUGAAGAAGAAGUUGGCUCGGAUCAAGAAGAAGCGAGAGCGGCUGCGCAGGAAGAAAGCCGAGCGCGAGGAGGAGACGCGAGAACAAGAAGCACGAGCUGCAGAGAAGGAGGCGGCGAUAGAUAAGCGCCUUAUGAAGAAGAUACAAGAAAUCGAAGAGAAGAACAGGGAGCGAGAACUAAAGAUGGCGGCUGACUCCGUGCUCUCUGAAGUCAGAAAGAAGCAAGCUGAUGCCAAGAGAAUGCUGGACAUCCUUAAAGCUCUGGAGAAGCUUCGGAAACUCCGCAAAGAGGCUGCAUCCAGAAAAGGCAUGUUUCCUGAGAAGGAGAGCGAUGAGGUGUUUGAGGGCCACCUUAUGCGGCUGAGGACUCUGAUUAAGAAACGCACGGCUGUCUACGGGACUGAGGAGAAAGCGCUGAGGGUCAUGCUAGAGGGAGAGCAAGAGGAGGAGCGCAAACGUGAUCAUGAGAAGCGGCAAAAGAAAGAACGAGACAAGCUGCUGCAGAGAAAACGAGAGAUAAAUAUGAUGCUAUUCGGAGCUGAACUGCCUCUUGAUCAUCCACUCCAGCCGUACCAAGAGUAUUACACUCAGGCAGAGAGCUCUCUUCCUGCCCUCAUCCAAAUAAGGAGAGACUGGGAUCAGUUUCUUGUUCCUGUAGAUCACCCUGAUGGUUCCAGCAUCCCUCAGGGCUGGGUUCUGCCGGAGGCGCCAGCUGAUGACGUCUGGGCUUUUGCUCUGGAGAAAUGAGCGUUUAAUCAAAGCGCAUUAAAUUAAUUUCUGAACAUAACAGACUGAUAUUUCAAUGACUGUGUUUUGGACUAUGACUUGUGCAAUUUCUGCCGAGUAAAGACAGCUUUUUAUUUAUUGUACUGUCUAAUAAACUGUAUAUAAUGA